AUGCCUCCCAGCAACCGAAUUCACACGUUGGACGAUCUAUCCCGAGCCGCCUCUCCGGUUGGUGAUGGCGAGGAUUGGGGCACCCUUCCAGCGGUAGAUCCGGAUUCCAACAAGACUCAUGCCCCGUCAAUCCCGUGCUUUCAUCUACCCUCCUUACCCGGCGCGGAACAGGCCCGGAACAUGCUCGAACGCGUCGUUCGCGAGUUUGCCCCCAUCGUCCACCGCCGGGGCUACCACGUCCGCUCCGUCUCCGAGUUGUGCUGUUGCCACGAUGGUCUCGACUUUGACAAUACCGUUCCUCGACGCCGGAAACGACGUCGCGUGGCAUCCAACGUGUGGGGGUACAACCAGACGACCUUUGCACGCGGACGGCCCCGUUCGCACACGAUCCAUUUGCGUCUCCGCCACGCCACGGCGCACCACCGUAGUCACGCGUACGAAGAUGUCGCGGGGACGCUGGCGCACGAACUAGCGCAUUGUGAACAUAGUGCACAUGAUACGAAGUUUUAUAAGCUCAUGGACGAAAUUCUGGACGAGCACGCGGCGUUGAUGGCCUCGUGCUUAACGCGAGACGGGGGCCGAACACGUACGCCGGCGUUUGGGGGAACCGGGCAAGCGUUGGGUGGCAACAGCGGAAUAGCGAACCUCACUGCCGCCCAAAAUCGGCAACAACCUUUAGCAACGGUAUCCAAGGGGUACAAGCUGGGUGGCGACGGCUGUUUUACGCAAUGGAUGACUCCUGCGGAAGCGGCGGUGGUGGCGGCUGAAGCGAGACGCCGGCAACAGCAGCUGCGUCUCCGAGGGGAUCGCUGUUGUAGGCCUUGUACAAUUGAGAUUUUUGAGGGUGGUGAAGAAACAGAGAACGAAGAAGAUCGAAAGCCAGCGUCUUUGGAAUCAUCAAAGAAGCGACCUCUGGUGAAUGUGCCUACCAACGCGUUGCGACCAUUUCGCAGAAGCCUUACGAAGCCGGCUCCUCCACAGGAGGUGAUUGAUCUCACAAAAGAGUGUGAAGACAGUGCUAGCAAAGAUUUUCCUACCCUUACAGCUCCGAAGAUGGCAGAAACCUCCAUUGGCGGGAAACAACCGACAGCCACAUGGUCCUGUGGCGCGUGUACAUUUACGAAUAAACCAAAGGCUCUCGCUUGUUCAAUUUGUCAGACGAAACGUGGGUCACUCACAGGGUAG